AUGGCCUCAAACAGGCUCCUAGAGCCUGGUUUUCACAGAGGAACCAUUGAUAGCACUCUCUUUAUCUACAAAGAAAAGGCUCAUGCGUUGUAUGUUCAGAUAUAUGUUGAUGACAUUAUCUUUGGUUCCUUAUCUACCAAACUCUGUCGUAAAUUCAGUGCUCUCAUGUCCAACACUUUUGAAAUGCGUAGGAUGGGUGAACUAACCUUCUUUCUGGGGUUACAAGUUAAGCAGCUUCCCACUGGAAUAUUUAUAAAUCAAGAAAAAUAUAUUCGUGAUAUGCUGCAUAAGUUUGACUUCACCCAUGUUACUCCCAAAAGAACUCCUAUGUCCCCUCCCAAUAUUCUCCAUGCUGACCCUAAUGGGAAGUAUGUGAAUCCUACUCACUAUAGAGGAAUGAUAGGUUCCUUGAUGUAUCUCACAGCAAGUCGCCCAGAUAUCAUGUUUUCAACAUGUCUCUGCGCUCACCAUCAAGCUUCUCCUCGUGAGUCUCAUCUUCUUGCUGUCAAGCGCAUCUUUAAGUAUCUCAAGGGUACACCCACGCUGGGUCUUUGGUACCCAAGAGACUCCAACUUUGAUUUAGUUGGAUAUUCUGAUUCUGACUAUGCUGGAUGCAUGCUUGAUUGCAAAAGCACCAGUGGAGGAUAUCAACUGUUGGGGGCGAGGCUGACUAGUUGGUCUAGUAAAAAGCAGCACACAGUUUCUAUCUCCACUGCUGAAGCAGAAUAUGUCUCUGCAGCAAGCUGUUGUGCCCAAAUGCUUUGGAUGAAACAUCAGCUUGUUGACUAUGAUUUGGAAUACUCUAAGAUUCCAAUCAUGUGUGACAAUACAAGUGCUAUUGCUAUCACACACAACCCCGUUCAGCAUUCCAAAACUAAGCAUAUUGAUAUUCGAUAUCACUUUAUUCGUCAUCAUGUCAUGAAAGGCGAUAUCGAACUCUACUUCAUUCCAACUGAUGAUCAACUUGCCGACAUCUUUACUAAACCAUUGGAUGAAACUAGAUUCAAACUGCUAGUCAGUAAGUUAGGAAUGCUAAACGGAGAAUCAGCGACACAAUCUGUCAUUGAUGAUGUCAGCAUCCCUUCAGCUCCUAGUACUCAGCAGGACCCAAACUAUACAGAUCCAGGAGAAGAGGAGGAUGUAGAGUCAGAUACAGGAGGAAAUGCCCAGUUCAUGAAGUUAGAUGGAUAG